GAUAAACUAGUCUAAAAAUACACCAAAAUAUAAACACGGGAAUUUUGACGUGGAAACCCAAAUCGGGAGAAAACCACGGGCCUUUUUUGGCGGUACCUUGCCAACGGGGGAUUUUAUUAACAUCGGGGAAUAUUUCUUACCCAAAACUGGGUGCCUGCAAUUUUCUGCAUAUUUGAGGGAGCAAAAUUAGUGAAUGUAAUCACUUUUUCCUGGAGAUAAGUCAGUUGCUCUGAUUCCUCUGAGAGACGCAUAUUGUUUAGAAACAGUUAAGGCUAAGAGAAUCUGGAGCCACUAUCCUUGGCUGCCUCUCUUCUCCGACUCCGCGCAAGAAUUUCUAAUAGCUGGCAGCACACGGUUCCUCCAUUAACGGUGGAUUUGUGCUUAUCGAGUUGCAGAAAUGCUGCAGGCUUUGGCUUUCCGGAGUACUCUUCAUUUCGCCAAGAGGGAAAAAUUCAAGAUUCAUGUGGCUGACGCUUUGCCUUGCUUCCCUUUUGCACCCGCGAGAACUAGAUUUCUACAACCCUCCAUCUCUAGUAGUUGGAUAUUCCCACAUCUGCACUGCAGAAGAGCACCCAAUAUUUGCUUUGGAUCAUCAGAUAGUAAUGAAGCAUUCGAAGAAUCACCAGUUGAUGCCCCAGCUAAAGAUGAGAAGCUCCCUCCUCAAAUCCCUUAUCCUCUAUCAAUAGCUCUAGUGCUAUGUGGAUGUGCUAUAGUAUUUUCGCUGAUUGCCUUUGCAAAAGGAUGGCCUCCAUUGAGCUUAACGGCAUUCUCAAAGUCAGGCUUCACUGCUGCAUUCUCACUCAUAUUUGUUUCAGAAAUAGGAGACAAGACAUUCUUCAUUGCUGCACUCUUAGCCAUGCAAUACAAGAGACUAUUGGUGCUGGUGGGAUCAAUGGGUGCACUUUCACUUAUGACAGUCUUAUCUGUCAUAAUAGGCAGGAUCUUUCAUUCCGUACCCGCUCAGUUUCAAACAACACUGCCUAUCGGAGAGUAUGCAGCAAUAGCACUUCUACUAUUCUUUGGUCUCAAGUCAAUCAAAGAUGCAUGGGAACUUCCACCUGAGGAGGUCAAAACAGGUGAUGAAUAUGUUGAGGCUGAGGAGCUUGUGAAAGAAAAGGCAUCAAAAUGGCUCUCAAGUCCUCUUGAAAUUCUAUGGAAGUCAUUCAGUCUUGUGUUUUUCGCGGAAUGGGGAGACCGCUCUAUGCUCGCUACAAUAGCUCUUGGCGCUGCCCAGUCUCCAUGGGGAGUAGCAAGUGGAGCUAUAGCUGGGCACUUGUUGGCAACAUCUCUUGCCAUUCUUGGAGGUGCAUUUCUUGCUAACUACAUUUCUGAAAAGCUGGUGGGCUACCUAGGUGGAGCGCUGUUUUUGGGUUUUGCGGGGGCCACUCUCCUCGGUGUUUUUUAAGGAUGCCUUGCAAGAAGAAAAAUUACCCCUUUGAAAGGAUUAAUCACAUAUUUGUCCAGGACUGGCCGGACAGUUACCUGAACAGGGCCGGUGUAUGGCUUUGUGCGGGGGGGGGGGGGGGGGGNAGAAAGGACUAAGGAUCUAUCUUUAUGCUAGAUACCUUAACCUGGAAAUGGUGUAAUUACUGUGAAGGAUGAUGGAUAGAUGCUUCAGUAAACAAGCCUUGGGGUAUUUAGUUAUGUCCAGUCUCAUUUGGUUGUGCAUUUAUUGUAAGCUGGGGGCUCGCUAUUGGCCCCCAAGACCUUCCUCGUUGCCAUCUGUGAGUCUGUCUCGUAGCGUCAAAAGAACCACUUCAUGAAAAUAUAUUGCUCUCUUGUUU